GCAAAACGGGCUGCUUAUGAUCUUCCAGAUGGGGCGCAGAUUAUAGUGGGCCCGAUAAAAACAACUUUCUCCUGCGAUGGAUACAGAUAUGGAUAUUAUGCUGAUGUGGACAACGACUGCAAGAUCUUCCACAUCUGUCAUCCCCAGAUAUUGGCUAAUGGAGAGCAAAUCGUUUCUCAUUGGAGCUUCUACUGUGGCAACCAGACCUAUUUCGACCAACUUACUCUCACUUGUGGUCAUUAUGAAUCGAUCGUACCUUGUCCCGAUGCUGGUUCCUUUUACUACGUCAAUGACAAGAUAGGAAUUGAGGACGCAUUAUUCUUGACUGAUGACGAUGUACAGAGAGCGAAUGAAGUAAUUGGAUUUGGCUCUCGUGUACAGAAAAAAUAA